AUGGCCACCUGGAGCUAUUCCACAUUGCUAUACCUCGCCAUCACAGUCCCUUCAGGCGUGCUUGGCCAUGGACAGCUCACAGUACCCUUGGUACGCGGUGAUUCACAAGGGCUUCGCGAAAGCCAUGAGCAGCGGGCGCCAGUUUUCACUAUCGCAGGCAAUAGAGGUGGUUACUCGGAGACCAGUAUGCGCUGCCAUGACUUUUUGCCCGACGACAGCCCUCAGACUACACUCCAAGCAGGUGAGACAUUUGAAGCUACCUGGACAAUGGAAGCUGGGCAUCCAGGCGAUUGCUAUUUCUAUUUGAGUUAUGAUUCGGAUCCCAGCAACGCAGUUGCGGUGCCCCAGAUGGACUGA